AUGAUUUUUGAAGAGCUUCCAGAUGAACUACUUUUAGAAAUAUGUCGAUUUCUUUCGUCAACCGAUGUACUUUAUUCAUUAUUUAAUUUAAAUUCUCGUUUAAAUCGUACUAUUUCUAUUUAUCGUCAACAUGCAGUACUUCGUCGAACAAGUUUUAUUCAAUUUGAAUAUAUUUGUUUAAAUAUUUUACCUAAAUUAGGUUCAACAAUUCGUUCAUUAUCAAUAAAUGCAAAUUGGACAGAUUUAUUAGCUAAACGUUUUCUAUUUUAUUUUGGUUAUCGAAUGAAAGAAAUAUUUCCAAAUAUUGAACAUCUUAUUCUUGUUGCUUUUAGUGGAAAUGAAUUAAAUGAUUAUAUAGAAAGUAUUUCAGAUCUUCCAUAUUUAAAUAAAUUAACAAUUCAUGAUCGAUAUAAUGUAACAGAAGAAUAUAAACAAACAUUAUUUAAUAAAAUUUUAUCAGCAAAUAAAAAUCGUUUAAAAAAAAUUUUAUUUAAUCGUCAUUCUGAAAGUUUAAGUAUUAAUCAAUUAAAUUCAAUAAUUUAUCCAAAUAUAAUUGAAUUAAAUAUUCAUUUAGAAAAAAUAGAUGAUCUUCGUUAUCUAUUUAAAUUAAUACCAAAUAUUUGUCAGAUGUAUAUUAUUAUUGAUAAACAAUUAAAAGAUGAUAUAAUUCAAUUUGAUGAAUUAAUAAUGUAUAAUUUAGUUAAAUUUCAUAUGGAAUCAUUUCGUCGAUGUUGGAUUUUUGAUGAAAUUAGUUCAUUAUUGAAACAAAUGCCUUUUAUUAAAUAUUUAUCACUUGAUAUAUUUUCUCAAGAUGUUCGUUUAUUUAAUGGACAAUUAUUUCUUUCAAUACUUCCAAUAAAUACUUUACAAUGUUUUAAUUAUGCUAUUGAUUAUACAUUAGAAGAAGAAAUUGAAAAUAUUGAUAAUAUUAUAUUAUCAUGGUCAUCAACACCUUAUUCAAUUUGUUGUUUACUUAAUGAUGAUAAAUCUCAUAUGUUUCUUCAUACAAUUCCAUAUGGUUUUUCUUAUCUUGAUAUUAGUUCAUUAUUUAUUAAAUAUAUGAAUAUAAAAACGAAUGGUUAUAAUUAUUAUAUAAAAGAAUUACUUAUUUUUAAUGUAUCAACAUUAUCUGAAAUAUUUCUUGUGAUGAAUUAUUGUAACAAAGUAAAAGAUCUUGCUUUAGAAAUAAAUGAUACAUCGUCUUCAAUAAUAACCGAACAUAAACAAGAAAAUAAAAUAAAUCUAUCAUUACCUUGUUUAAAUCAACUUCAUUGGUUUUCGAUUGAUGGUUGUCCAUCUGAUGGUUAUCUUUUAAAAGAAAUCUUACUUGUAGCACCUAAUUUAUGUAUGCUUAUUCUUGAUAUGAAAUUUCUUCUUCAAUUGAUCGAUAAAGAAAAUGAUCAUUUGUGUAUAUCACUAUUAAAAAAUCGUAUAAAACAUCUUUCUAUUCAAAUAACUGAUGAAACUGAAUUGAAUGAUAACAAUAUAGAAAUAUUAUCUAAUGUAUUCAUUCUUAUUCAUCAUAUUAUUGUUGAGAAUAAAACAUCGAAUGACAUAUCGAUUGAAAAUAUAAUUUUAUUAUUUCUUCAUCAUUUUAAAACACAUAAAUUAGUAUCAAUUAUAUUUCGUAGUUCAACAACUGAACAAUUACGUUAUAAUCCUUCUCAAUGGUUGAUAGAACAUACGUAUUUAAAAGAAUAUACGAAUAAGUUCAAAGCUGAAUGUGAUGAAUUAGAAUUUAAAAUUUGGCUUUAA